AAAUUUUACAGAUACUUAGUACUUGGCAAAGCAUGCUACCACUUAGGCCUAAUGGAAGACGCAAUGAUUCUCCUCCAAACCGGCAAGCGCCUAGCUACGGCCGCCUUCCGCCGCGAAAGCAUCUGCUGGUCUGACGACAGCUUCUCCCUCUCCCUCUCCCUCUCCACCGCCGCCGCAGCACCACCGUCCACCCCUCUCACCGAAUCGGAGUCCAUAACCCAGCUCCUGUCCCACAUCAAGCUCCUCCUCCGUCGUCGGGCCGCAGCACUGGCCGCCCUUGACGCCGGGGUCCACACGGAGGCCAUCCGCCACUUCUCGAAGAUCAUCGAGUCUCGGCGCGGUGUGACGCCACAGGGCUUCCUCUCGCAGUGCUACGCGCAUCGUGCCUCCGCCCAGCGGCACGCAUGGCGAAUAGCGGACGCAAUCGCGGACUGUAACCGCGCGCUGGCGCUGGAAGCGACGAGCAUCGAAGCACUCCACACACGCGCGUCGGUGCUUGAAAUGAUUAAGUGCCUUCCUGAUUCUCUGCAUGACCUUGAACACCUAAAGCUUCUCUACAACUCCAUUCUUCGUGACCGCAAGCUGCCUGGACCCGCCUGGAAGCACCACAAUGUUAGGUACUCCCGUCAACCCACAACUGUCUCGUUUUCUUUUCUAUUUUUUUUUUUUUAGUUUUCAGGAUUUUAUAAAAAAAAAUAUAAAAUAGUAAAAUUGUGUUCUCUAUUGGACUUUUUUAAAAGUUGAGAAUAAAAACUAAGA